CAGCGAAGGGCGGGGGAGCGAGCAGAAAGAAGAGCGCCGGCGCGAGAAUGGAGAGAGAGAACGAGCGACUGGCUGGCGGCGGAAGGAGCGGAGGCAGUUGCGCACGCUCGCGCAGUAUCGCGCAGCGGCAAGCGGAGCGAGUGGAGCCGAGCCGAGACGAACGAGCAUUGCGCGCGCUCACCUCGCGCUGCACGACGUUCCGCUAGCUAGUAUGGCUUCUCCUGGCGACGGUUAAUCAGUGCGUGUCUCGCAGCUGCCAGUGACAGCCCUGUCGCUCUCGUCUGCUUUGGCGCUCGACCUCGAUACCGUCGUCGUCCCACCGCCGCGCGCUCAUCUAGGUUAUGGCCAGCAGUCCUUGAUGAUCGCCCGACACAACAUUCCCACGAGGCAUGCCAAACGCCGGCCCUCCGCGGCUGCCAACUUUGAGCUCUCGCCUCGUCCGGACGACUCUCGUUGACAAGUUCAAACUGCUCGCCACCUAGAGCGCCGUCGGUCUUGCUAUUUUUAUUUUGUUUUGGCCGCUGAGCCACGGCCGACGAUCUGCCGAGCUCGCCUUUCGCUCGAGUGCUCUUUGCAAUCGCAAGCCUGAUGCAUACGCACGUACGUGCGACCAGUUCGACCGAGUGCCUCAACUGUCAAUCAAGUUGAGUGGCCGAACGCGGGAACUACAAAGUGCAGCUGGCAAGAUAGAGGUUAUAAAAGUGCCGGUGCGCGCGCCCACAGCUCGCCACCUACUGCUGCGACAGCGCGAGCCGAGCGCGUCCCAGCGUGCCUAUAUCUGUCCCACACACGCAUACACACACAUACACACACAGUGCAGCCUCUCGCUCGCAAUACACACUCAGCAUGCGACGAAAUGUGAAGAUAGUGCUGCUGCUCUCGUGCAUCUGGAUGUCCGGUUUUGUUUACUACUAUCAUACCACCAGAGAUAACAAGAACGAGAACCGAGCGCUGAGACUGAAGGAGCCGGCAUCACUGGGGCUCUCAGCCGGAAGUUCCGGCGGCUUCGCAGAGGCAGACGCCACUGCGGUUGUCGUGUCCUCGGAACUUCUGUCCGUGCCAACGGCCGAUCCCCGAGUCACCUGGAAUUACUUCGACGAGCAAGGGUACAUCGCACGCGGAGGACUGAGGGCUGGCGAAGAUCCUUAUGCCAGGAAUAAAUUUAAUCAAGAAGCUUCGGAUGGCCUGCCAAGCAAUCGUGAUAUUCCCGAUACUCGUAGCGCUAUGUGCCGACUGAAGAAAUGGGAGCAGGACCUUCCGCCGACUUCCGUGAUAAUUACUUUUCAUAACGAAGCUCGUUCGACCCUCUUGCGAACGGUUGUCAGCGUACUCAACAGGAGCCCGGAGCAUCUAAUCAAAGAAAUCAUCUUGGUAGACGAUUUUAGCGAUCAUCCUGAGGAUGGCGAGGAGCUGUCGAGAAUUCACAAAGUGCGCGUGAUUAGGAACGAGAAACGCGAGGGUUUGAUGAGAUCCAGGGUCAGAGGAGCGGACGCGGCGACUGCAGAUGUGCUCACUUUCCUUGAUUCGCACUGUGAAUGUAAUACUGAUUGGUUGGAGCCGCUUCUCGAGCGCGUCGCCGAGGAUUCGACCAGAGUCGUUUGCCCUGUUAUCGAUGUCAUUAGCAUGGAUAAUUUCCAGUACAUCGGUGCCUCAGCGGAUUUAAGAGGUGGAUUUGACUGGAGUCUAGUCUUUAAAUGGGAGUAUUUGAGUCAAGCCGAGCGUCAGACGCGGCAAAAGGAUCCGACACAGGCCAUUAGGACGCCCAUGAUAGCAGGCGGACUGUUUGUUAUAAACAAGGCGUACUUUGAACAGCUGGGCAAAUACGACACGCAAAUGGACGUGUGGGGCGGAGAAAACUUGGAGAUCUCGUUUCGAGUGUGGCAGUGCGGCGGCAGCCUGGAAAUCAUCCCGUGCUCGAGGGUCGGUCACGUAUUCCGUAAGCGUCAUCCGUAUUCCUUCCCAGGGGGCAGCGGCAACGUAUUCGCGCGCAAUACUCGACGUGCCGCCGAAGUCUGGAUGGACGACUACAAGCAGUUUUACUACAAUGCGGUGCCCUUGGCGCGCAACAUUCCCUACGGCAACAUACAAGACAGGAUAGAGCUGAAACGCAAGCUGCACUGCAAGCCGUUCAGUUGGUAUCUGAAGCACGUCUACCCGGAACUGGUGAUCCCGACGAGCGAAGGCGGGCCGGGCGGCUCGUUGAAGCAAGGCACCGCCUGUCUGGACAGCAUGGGCCACCUUCUCGACGGCAACGUCGGCCUUUACCCCUGCCACGACACGGGCGGCAAUCAGGAAUGGGGCAUGAGCAAGGACGGCCUGAUCAAGCACCACGACCUCUGCCUGACCUUGCCGGUCUACGCCAAAGGCACCUCGCUGCUCAUGCAGAUCUGCGACGGCAGCGAGAACCAGAAGUGGCGUCACCUCGAGGGCGGUCUGAUCCGGCACGCGCGGAUACCCGUCUGCAUCGACUCGAGGUACCACGCGCAGCUUGGCGUCACCGCCGAGAAGUGCGACUCCAACGCCGAGAGCCAGAGAUGGCACCUCUACAAUUACAAUCAUUAGCGUGCCGCCUCGCUCCGCGCAAACAUUCGACUGCUCACUCGCCUCUCUACCAAACACCUCUUUGGUAACGAUCGAUCUACGAGCAACGCUUCUCGCGGCUCUUUCCUUUUUUACUUUUUUCAUCGAUAAACGCAGCCUGGCAAACAGGCGACCUUUCCUGCCCAACUCUCAUUUCACACUUCCUUCCAUAUUAAUAUCUUCCGCUAGCGCACUUGGCUUGUAUUGGAUGAUUUUACCAACUCAUAGGUCUGCUUCAUUCGGCUCGUUAUUUUGUAUAUUCCGUUAUUAUCACUAGUGUAAACAAUGCUUGUAUUGCAAUUAUUCGAUGAUAUUUAUUAUGGAACUGAUGUUUACAUAUGCUUUCCAGUACAACUUGAUUUCCGAUAGUAUAAAUCAACGUGAUAGUAUAAAUGUGAAAAGACUACCAAUUAAUUAAUCAAUCAGUCAAACAAUCAAAAUCUGCGACAAGAACGUUAGUUAUGUACAUGUAUUUUAUUGUUAGGUAUACAUUGAAGCUGAUACAUCACACGGUCAUAAUGUAAAAAAAGAUUAUAUUAUAAUGUUAAUAAUGCAUCUUUUCUAUCGAAUUUCAUUUUCACAAUGCUGUAUAAACUAGAAUUUCAUUGUACAUUUUUAAUACAAGUUUUUAUUUCCCGUUGUAUAUAUUCGUUUUCUUGCCAUCGUACAUAAAAACGAAGGCGAUUAAUUUACAGUAAUCGUUAUUUUCAUAUUUUAUUGUACAGUUUCAUCAUUUAUAAGUCACUUUAUAUAACUUAUUCCAGUAAAACUAACAAUAUCAAACUAUCCAGCGAAAUUAUCAAAUCAAAAAUAAAUUUUUUAUUUAUCUAUAUAUGAAACGAAAUUGUCUCAAAAGUAAAUUGUUCUACGUUCUAAAGUAGUUCUAACGUUAAGAACACAAUUUAAUUGAAGCAAGUGAUGAAAAUCAAACAGUAAUUUUGCUCAAACUAAUAAAAUAUAAGUUUGGACAUAGAGUUGUUUUUAAGAAAAAACUUUUUUUUCUCAAAAUUUGAAUGUUUAAUUGAAUUUUACCUUCCAACUUUUUACUUACAUGUAAUUUUUAUAUAAAUUUUAUAUAUAAAAUGACUGAAAGCAUGAUAAUGUACGUUUCACAUUGCAAAUUAUAACACAAGAUAGAUUUUUACAUAUUUUCUGGUCAAUCUUCAAGCCUUCUUGGGUCAAAAAUUCAAUUGAUAAUGUAAACUAUUACUUCACAAUUACUAGAAAUGAUCGAGUAUUUCAGUUGAAUAUCGUAAUAUUUUUUCAAUAGAAAGCUAAUUUUACGUUUCAAAAUUAAUAUCUGGUUUUCACUUAAUGCAUUUAUCAAAAUAUAAAUAAGAAAAAUAUACAAACAUUUACAAAAAAAGGAAAGGUUUUGAGUAUAUUUCGAAAUGCUAUCAAUAUACUGCCAUGCUAUAAGAAAUACGUUGUUAAAAUAUUAAUUCAAAUCAAUAUAUAUAUAUAUUGAUAAUCAUCCUUUAGUAGUAAACAAUUUUUUCUGUUGAAGACUAUAUUAAUAAUCUUUAACACAAAAAAUGUGAUAACAAAGCAUUUGAAGCCGAAUUCUUAAAAAAUCAAAUCUACCAAUAAUGUGUGAUUUACCUUUUAUAUACACAAAUUAAUGAAAAAUCAAUUCGUUCUCUCAGAACCGAGUCAGAUGUGUACAUUACUUAAAUCUUUAUUGACAAAAUUGUUACAAUUUCUGAACCUAUACUUUUGACGAUAUAUUUCUCCCAAAAUAAGUUUAAUGUCUUUUUAGAUACGUGACUUUGUGUAAAUAAUAUUAUAACCAAAAAAUCAUUGUUAAAAUUACCUUGAUUUCUUUUACUUGUAAAAUCGCGUAAAACUAUUGUAGAAAUAAAAAACUGGCUAAAUUUUAAAAUAAGCUCUAUAGGAUGUAUGUUAAAAAUGUGCAGUGAAUGCUAAUUAUUUAUCAAAAUAUUUUAUGCUUAGCUGAGAACUGAAAACUUUCGAAAAGUUGAAUAGAGUGAAUUACUUUUAUAAAUAAUUUUACACAAUUGUUUUUUUUAGAUUCAGAUAGAACGAGUAAAAUAAACUUCCAUUCAGGAAAUAUUGUAGUUUUCAUUUUAUUUUUUGUGUAUUUUUGCUCUUCUGAAAAUUGGCUAGUAAUCAACGAAUUGUUUGACUUCAUUACUAUAUCUACCAUUGUGAUCUUGUAUGACAAACAAAAGUCCGAAUGAAAUUAAUGCUGUUAUAUUUAAAAAUCUCUCCCUUCAAGGUGCAAAAUUCUUUACUAAUGUAAUACGCUAUUCAAGCAAAUGUAAAGUCACUCAUUAAAUCAUUUAUGCUUUGUAAUAAGGUAUUUAUGAUUUUGAAAUUAUUGGAUAUUAUUGUAACAUAUGAAAAAUCUUGAUUUUAAGAUAAGG